ACGUAGCACUAGUUACUGCUAAAACUAACUUCAGCUCAAUGGCCAGUCCGGUUCCAAGUUUGGGUCAGCUUGUUUCGCAUGCUACUUGUUUGUUCAAAAAAAAUUUCGGCGAUGAGGCUCCUAAAAUUGCAGCAUGUGCACCUGGGAGAGUCAACCUGAUUGGAGAGCACACGGACUACAACCAGGGAUACGUUCUUCCAAUGGCACUAUCCCUGGUCACUGUGGUGGUUGGAAGUGCCUCAUCUGGUCAGGAGGCUACCAUCGUCACUGCGAGCGAGGAAGCCGAUGAGCCAAGGAAGGUGGACUUGACCCUGCCAAUUGAGGGAUUCCCACUGUCUCCAGGGUUACCACACUGGACAAACUAUGUGAAGGGCGUUAUGCAUCACUACAGAGGUGCUGACCACGCUGGGGUUCCUAGCAACCGGGGCAUUCCAAAGGGAGCUGGCAGAUCGAUCAGGACUGUGCCAGUGGACACUGAUGCCAGCCAUGCGGGACGGAAUUAUCCACUUGUCCGCCAGAGCUGUGGUGGUGUCCAGUGUCCCACUUGGAUCAGGUCUGUCCAGCUCGGCCUCUUUGGAAGUAGCGUUUUACACAUUUCUGCAGCAACUGAGGCCAGAUUUGAAAAGGACAGUUUCACACCACACACCCAUCCGGCCGCACCCCCGACCACAAUCACACCUCUGACUUCUGCGUUAACCAUCCAUGAACAGGAUGUGAGACGCAUCUUCGAACAACAAAAGAUUAAAAAAGUGGCAGGCCCUGACCAUGUGUCCCCAUCCUGCCUCAAAGUCUGCACGGACCAGCUCGCUCCAGUCUUCACUCAGAUCUUCAAUAGAUCUCUGGAACUGUGCGAAGUUCCAUCCUGUUUCAAAUGCUCCACCAUCAUUCCAGUCCCCAAGAAACCUGCAAUCUCGGGUCUGAAUGACUACAGGCCUGUCGCUUUGACAUCUGUGAUCAUGAAAUCCUUUGAACGUCUCGUGCUGGACCACCUCAAGAGUGUCACAGGUCCCCUGCUGGACCCCCUGCAGUUUGCCUACCAAGCGAACAGGUCUGCGAUUGAUGCAGUCAACAUGGGACUGCACUUCAUCCUAGAACACCUCGACAGUGCAGGGACCUACGCGAGGAUCCUGUUCGUGGACUUCAGCUCAGCGUUCAACACAAUCAUCCCUGAACAUCCAAGCUUCUCCAGCUCAGCGUCUCACCUGCCAUCUGCCAGUGGAUUUACAGCUUUCUGACGGGCAGGACACAGCAGGUCAGGCUGGGGGAGGCCACCUCAUCCACACGCAGCAUCAGCACUGGGGCGCCCCAAGGUUGUGUCCUCUCUCCGCUGCUCUUCUCUCUCUACACGAACGACUGCACCUCAGCGAACCCGACUGUCCAACUCCUGAAGUUUGCAGAUGACACCACUGUCAUCGGCCUCAUCAAGGACGGUGACGAGUCUGCAUAUCGACGGGAAGCGGAGCGGCUGGAGCUGUGGUGCGGCCGACACAAGCUGGAGCUGAACACGCUCAAGACUGUAGAGAUGAUCGUGGACUUCAGGAGGCAUCCUUCGCCGCAGCUGCCCCUCACGUUGUCCAGCUGCCUUGUGUCAACCGUCGAGACCUUCAAGUUCCUGGGAAUUAUAAUCUCUCAGGACCUGAAGUGGGCGACUAACAUCAACUCCGUCCUCAAAAAGGCACAGCAGAGGAUGUACUUCCUGCGGCUUCUGAGAAAGCACGGCCUGCCACCGGAGCUGCUGAGACAGUUCUACACAGCGGUCAUCGAAUGAGUCCUGUGUUCUUCCAUCACAGUCUGGUUUGGUGCUGCUACAAAAAAGGACAAACUCCGACUGCAACGGACAAUCAAAACUGCUGAAAGGAUUGUUGGUACCACCCUACCCACCAUUGAGGACUUGCACGCUGCCAGAACUAAGACACGGGCGUGCAAAAUCCUCUCGGACCCUCCGCACCCCGGUCACCAGCUCUUCCAGCUCCUUCCCUCGGGUUGGCGCUACCGAUCAAUGCAAACUAGAACUAGUAGACAUUCCAACAGCUUCUUCCCUCUAGCGAUCAACUUCUUAAACACCUAACCUACAAUUCCAUUACAACAUGCUGGCAAUUUUUUGACUUGAGUUCGUUGUCACAUUUCUGUUGGGCCAAUUAUGUAUUACUCGCGCACUCACUGUAGUUGUCUCGCCAUGCUGCACUAUUUGCAUAUACUGGCCACUCAUGCCAGAGUAGCAUCUGCUCCAUUUGCACACUGAUUGAGGAGUAUCUGUAACAUUUGCACAACCAACAUUGUCCCAGAUUAUCGCACUACUCGUCACUUUAAAUCGCAUACACUCCUUGAAGUCUCAGCGCCCUUUGCACAAUGGUCAUUGCACCGGACUAUUGCAAUAUUAGUCAUUCGAACUGCUCUAAGUGCUAGAGGACUCUGCAUUUGUUUGCACAAUUGUAAAAACAAAAACAAAAAAUUUACCAGCAUUACCAGAUAACUAGCAACCCUUUACUGUCAGUGACAAGUUUUUUUUUUUUUUUUUUUUUGUCAAUGUCUUUAUGUCUCCAAAGUGUUCUGUAAAUUGACUGUCUGUUGUCGUACUAGAGCGGCUCCAACUACCGGAGACAAAUUCCUUGUGUGUUUUGGACAUACGUGGCAAAUAAAGAUGAUUCUGAUUUUCAUGGCACAUUGAACCCAUCAUCCCGGACCCGUAACAUCUCCGCCACCGAGUAACAAAGCGGCGGAGUUGCGCUUGUGAGUUAUCAUAAUCCACAAUCCAUCGCCGGUCGGUCAGUGUGUCGACUCCUCAGGCACGGAGAGCUAGCAGGUUGGCAGCAAAAUGAGGUCCAAGCGUUGACUGCUUUGUGGGACACACCUGACAACAAGCCACAGAUCGAGCAGGGUAGCCACACAAGGAAGUAUGGGGUCUUAAUGGUCCAUAUUUCACUAACAAAUUGACUUUAUGUAUUUUUUUUCCCUCAAGAAAAUGAAACUGGCAGUCAUAUCCAAUAAUGUCAGUCUAUUUUGGAGCAAUUUGUAAAUAACUCAUUGCCUUUGGAACACCCCUCUUUCAUCCCCAAAAUUGACACCCCUCCCCAUGUCUUGGUGUGAUGCAGGGGACAGAACUGGAGACCAAAUUCACUGCAUAACCAGUGUGGAAAAGGGAAUGUACUAUGCUAUAAAGUGAUAGCAUUUAGUCAUAUUUUCUGUAUUAUCGCUGUUGGGUGGAAUCCCCCCCACCUCCAAUAUGACAACCUUUUUGGAAAAAAACAAAAACAAAAAAACAACGAUGACUGGAAACCCCGCAUAGCCGGUUUGGACAAACGAAUGCACUAUACUAUGAAAUGGCAGUAUUAACUCAUAUUUUUUAUAUUGUAGGUGUCGGGUGGAAUCCCCUCACCUCCAAAAUGGCAACUUUUCAGGAAAUAAAAAAAAAAAAGACAGCUUGCUUGAGUUUCCAAACACCGCUUUCUUCAAGUUUGUAUUAUAUUGCUUUUGCUGUAAUAUACUGUAUCAUUUCACUAUUAUAUAAACAACAGCUAUCUCACUUAAACAACAGGUAGCACCGCGAAAUUAUGUUGAAUGGCUAAUAUGCUGAAAAAUCGCUCAUUUAUCAGGAUGUCAUCAUUAAAAUGUUACAAAUACAGCAGACGAAUGUCAUAUCCUUUCAAGCCUCAUGAACCCAAGCAUUCAUAUUGACUUAGUGUCCCAAAACUGUCACCAAUCAUCACCAAAAUUGUUGUGGACAUCUCUACUCAUAGCAGCUUCAACCUUUGAAAGUAUUACAAUAAUCGGCCCAACAAAAUGGACGAGCUUCAUCUUCUGAUAAAGACCAGUAAAGACUUCGUUCCGCCGCCAUGUGCUUUACAGAGACUUGGCUUUGUGAGGCUGUACCCGAUGGCGCCGUCGUGCUUCCCGGCUUCAAUCUUCACCGGGCAGACGGCGACAUGGAAUCAUCAGGGAAAACAAAAGGCGGCGGGAUAUGCUUCUAUAUCAACGAAAAAUGGUGUACGGACAUCACGGAGCUCAGCAGACAAAAUAUCUAUAGGAUAUCUAUAGGAUAAACCAUUCUAAAAAGAUUAGAAUUUUUUUUUCUGUAGACAUCUUUUUUUUUUUUUUAUUACAGAACUAUGGAAUAAGUGCCAAUGUUCUUUCCAUUAACAAGUUCCUUUAAUGUUGAUGUGGAAGGGGGAGUCGGGGUUGUUCCUUGGGCCCCCAAAUGACUAACUAUGGCCCUGGGCCCAGCCACCAACGCCUCUGUUCGGCAUGACAACCAAGCUCUGAUUAGCGGCUUGUGCAUUGAUGAAGAAGGCAGCUAGCUCGCUGCGAGAACUAAUGUGGAUGGCAGGACACAUUGACCAUUGACACCUCAAACGGCGGAUUGAAGCAUUUCACAAAUUGGGGGGGGGGGGAACAGCAACCCACUAACUACGUUCACACACGCCAUAAUGAGCGAACACACUUCAACUUUAAUCAGGCAGCUUAAACCUCCAGGAAUAUUCUAAAUGUAUGCCUUGAUGUCUGUGCCAUUAAUGUCGGUUUACAGGUUCGACUACAAGACUUUGAGAACUGACCUCUUGAUCUGAAGCCAAACAUUCCGAAAUGAUGUAUUAAACAAUCAGUUGAUUUGCCAAGAUUAAAGUUUAGACAAUCAUUCUAUAUGCUUGAUCUAUGAGUAAAAGUACAAAGUUGGGAGUAUUUUAGAUUCAUAUGUGAUUUUUAAACCCAUUUUCUUUAUGGGCCAAAUUGGAGACUAAGUUCGAGUCGAUGGGCAUGGUCUUCUCCACUUCCCCUGGGUAUUUAACCCUUCGACUUCCGCCUUCUCGCUCUCUUGUCUUCUUGGCCUCAGCUGCGGGGCGGCUUCGGCCAGCCCCCCCCCCCCCCCCCCCCCCCCUUUCCUUUGUUUGAACCAUGCAGUUCCGGCCAACACGAAUCCUCGAAUGGUGACUCUGCUUCCUGGCCUCUACUUGUCCACCGCCAGGCAAUCAGAGAAGCUGCUGAUAAAAGUUAGUUACGCUUCUAGCCAAGCGUGAACUCUCUGAUCUACCAGCGGUCAAUGAAAAAGGCAGGAGCGAAACGGUCACAUUCUCCCACCAAACGCGUGAAGAACAACUUCUUUUCCCCUUUUUGUUUUUACUUUUUGUGCAUCUUCUUCUUCAAUUAAACCUGCUUCCUUUCCUCUUGAGAUGCUCUGAGACUAACCAUUCCCAGGGCCAACUGAUCUAUGGUCGUGAGUAGAGCAUGACAAUCGUCAGAAUGUACAAAAUUAGUGCCUAAUAAUUUUGGAUUAAAAUACCAGCUUCACACAAAUUCCAACUUUGUACUAGCUCAACACACUGUAACCUAUUCACGCACGUUUUUAGUCCAGCCACACACGAUGUCCUAUUUUUCUUUACGUAUGCCUAUUUUCCUUUUUUAUUACCAUUAUUAUUAUUAUUUUCUUUCCGAAGUCAAGCCCCUCUGCAUUGUUUUCCCUGUAGUUUCCCUUUUCGAUUUAAUUAAAUGUUCGAUAAAAUUCCA